AGAGGGUGAGAGCUGAGAUGAGUUCUUCUUCUUCUUCUUCGCCUCAUCGUUCUCACGGUGGCAAUAGCAGUAGUGCUGAGGAGAGACCGAGGUUCUUUGACUCAAAGGCGAAGGGCAAGUGCUGGGCAAACGCAGAGACGGUACCGGGAAGACACCCAGAGAGGUGGCGCAAGGACGCCGCCGGCAACAUUGUCUGCAAGCGCUUCUGCAACUGCCAGGGCUGCCUCUGCUUCGAGUACGACCACAUCGUCCCCUUCUCCAAAGGUGGUGAAUCCACGGCUGAGAAUUGUCAGAUACUUCAAACAAGGGUGAACAGAUAUAAAUCUGACAAAGACAAUGUGGAUCAAACUCAAUUGAAAGGUUACUCUUGUGAUGUCAAGUUUACUGAUAAGGAGCUUGAUAUAGUUGAAAUGGCUGUUUACGGCGAUGUGAUCCGACCAGGAAACCAAUGCCGUUGCAGAACUGUUGCUGAAAUGCUUGGCCAAUACAAAUCAAAGAACCACAUGGCUGCCUGCAAGUUGCCCUAUAACGAUGAAUCUUUAUAGCAAACAUCAACAAAAUCAGGUGAUGGGACUCUAAAAAAUAAUGUACAAGGGGUUUAUCUGCUGGAUAUUGCUUUCACAACCCCUACACAGAUCACAUGACAUAGACAUAUUGUUGAUUAAAACUGGACCUUUUGUGCCAUAUGGCCCAUUGACUGAGCAUUCACAAUUAGAUUCCUGCAGAAGGGAGGGUGUCUGCUGUCCUUUGAUUCCCUGCAUGACCUUUUUCUUUU